CAAGAGCACCAAAAAGAAGUAAACUAAAACAGAGAGAAACAAGAAAAAAAAUGGGAGUAUUGUUGAAGAUAGUAGAUGCGCUACUGUUAAUGAAUUACGUCGUAAUGGCAUUCGCAACGCCAUUGAUCGAUUCGCAGACAUGUCUGCCGGCGGAAAUGUUUCCGGAGAAAUUGAUAAAGCUGAGGAGCUGGUACACUCAAGGAUGCGGUGACUUUUUGUACGAGGAGAAGCCAACUUUCUUCGUAGCUAUGGUAUGGACAGAAAUGAUAUUUCAUUGGCCUCUUGUUCUUCUCAAUAUCUAUGCAAUGUUAACUUCUAAGCCUUGGUUUCAAACUACUUGCUUGAUCUAUGGCACCUCCAUCGCCACUUCCAUGGUUCCUGUAUUAGCGGUGGUGUUAAGUUCAGGGAGGGCAUCGGCGGAACUGAUGGGGAACUACUACCCUUAUAUGGCUAUAGCAAUAUUGGGCAUAGUGCGUGGUCUAUUGCCCAUCAACACUGCUUUGGCUACGAGCAAUAAACCUACUUCUUCCAUUAAAAAGAAAGCUUGAUCACCAUUCCAUCCUUUUUCUUGGUCUCUAUUUGGAUCAUAUGUUUUUUAAUUUGGUUUUAUAUGAAUCCAAUUUGAAAUUCAUUUUCAAAUGAAAUCUUCUGUUUUUUUUUUAUGAACGAAAUCUUCUGUUUAUUAUCACAAAGAUAAAAUGUAAUAUUUCGUUUCAAAUGAAUUGGAUAUCGUGCUUGUUGUAA